CUUAACCGCGGCAGUUUGUUUGCGUACGCGGCCAACUGUAGUCGACGUCUUCCGGCGAGGAUAUGCCGUUGCUGGUGGUCACAUACCAUUGCAAGUAUUGUUUACAUGAUUGUUUCUAUCGUCAUCGUAGGUAUUACGAAGUCCGGUGAAUCUGCAAGUUUGCGCGUUUGUCACUUAAUAUUGUGAUUUCAUAGGCCGCCAAUACGUAUACGUCGAAUUCGGACGUUUUCGCAGUCGCGUUCGUCCGAGCAUACGCGUAAUAUAUUAUUAUUAUAGUUCGCGAGCGGUUUUUUGUUUUCCUCUCGACCGUCUGAGAAUUUUCAUUCGGCUGCCGAACAAACAAGCAAACACACGUCCGUGGUCUCCAGGACGUUCCCCACUUGCUAGCGGUGUUGUUUUCGAGACCCGUUGGAUCGUAUUAUUAUUUUUUUAGUUUUUUUUUUUAGUUUUCAUUAGCGUUUUACGACUUUUUAUCGAAUUAAAUUUUAACCAACCUACCCCGAGUACCGAGCCGGUGUUCACACAUAUACGCAAACUAUGUUGAUAUACCCGACGGCGGGCAGCGGGGCGAUYAGUAGCCGUAUGAACGCGUCAGGCCAAAAGGGCGGCCGGGCCGCGGCCAAGGGUGUUGUGCAACGAAAAGCAGAGGCCAACAAGACCAAGAGCAGUAGUAAGCAGACGGUGCUGUGGAAGCACGCGGAUGUCGAACAAGGAGUGGUCGUAGUUGACGAGAAACAGUUAAUGCGGCUGAUUAAGACGGAACCAAUCGAGAACUAUUACCGGCUGGACAGUGAACCUUUCGCCAAGGGUCAAUUCGCUUCAGUCAGGCGAUGCACUUCGAUCGAAACGGGAGAAGUGUUUGCGGCCAAAUUUUCAAACCGCACUAGAUUCGGCGAAGACUGCAGUCCCGACAUCCAUCAUGAAAUAGCUUUGCUGUCGUUGUGUUCGCCGUCGCCACGGAUAACCAAACUGCACGAUGUAUUUCAAACGCCCAAACAACUGAUCAUCGUCAUGGAAUACGCUCCGGGAGGUGAUCUGCAGAAAGUCAUCGAUGACGACAACGUGCCAUUUGAAGCCGACGUUGUCAAGUUCAUACACCACGUGGUCGAAGGAUUGGCGUACAUGCACCAGCGAAAAAUCGCACACUUAGACAUUAAACCGCAAAAUUUGGUAUUAAUGGGUGCGUUUCCAACUUGCGACGUCAAGCUUUGUGAUUUUGAAAUAUCCCGAGUGAUCCUGGAGGGUACAGAAAUCCGAGAAAUCCUUGGCACACCCGACUACGUCGCUCCAGAGAUACUUCAUUACGAACCAAUCACGUUGGCUGCAGACAUGUGGUCGCUGGGUGUGACUACUUACGCACUGUUGACGGGAUUCAGUCCGUUCGGCGGCGACACGGACCAGGAGACGUUCUGUAACAUAUCAAAUGCGGACAUCGACUUCCCGGAUGAGCUUUUCGAGGACGUUUCAGAGGAGGCGGUCGACUUCAUUCGCAAGCUGUUGGUCAAAGAUCCCAGGGAGAGGCUAACAGCCAAAGAGUGUUUAAAACACCCAUGGCUGGCAAACCUCCGCAAGUCUUCGUCCGGCAGUAGCCAUUCGGUGCAUAACCACCAGCAUCACCAACAAAACUACCACCAACAACAGCAGCCCCAUCAACACCACCAACAGCCAUCGGUCGCAAGACGCACUGGUUGCAAUACGUGUGCAGGUAUCACCCCAUCGAUCGGUGGUAGACGUAGCGGUGGUGGUCUGCAACCCUCUUACCUGUCCAAGUCACGGGAGGCGCUUUUCGAGCGGAUCGUGUCGAAGCACAUGAGGGAGAGUGACAUGAAGAAGUCAUCCAUGUUGCACGAGUCACAGUACGCAUCCAGUCGGAUGUGCGAGAGCCACACGUCACUGGUGUCUCGGUCACGGAAUGGCACACGAACGUUUAGCAAGUCCAAGGAGAAGUUGUACGGUCUCAAGAGCCUGUCCCGGUCUCAGGACGUGCUAGACAUGUGCAAGAGCAUCAAAGACCUGAGCGAAGUGGACAAAAUAGCCACAGUCGGCAGCCUGCUGAUGAGUCUUACAGGUGUAUCUACGCUUCCUAACUCGUUGUGCUCGUCCACCGCCAAUAUAUCCGUGUCUCAGAGCCAUAUAUCCGAAGGUUUGGUGUCCGAGGAUGACAAGGAAAAUUUCACAACGAGAAACGGCGAUCGCGACACCGACACGGCUGCCACAGCCACCACCACAAUAUUUAACACAACCAACACAAACGCCAUCACUCCUGUCGACACCAAUACUGCGGAAUCCAUCAAAUACACCAUCCCUACGACUGCAACCACCACGACCGUGGUAACCUCAACGCCAGAGUAUGCACCACGGUCCGGGUCUCCUGCCGGCAGUAGUACGAGCGGCGCCAGCAGUGUAGAACACUUUUACCAUUCCGACGAAGAGCCCAGGUUUUCGGUAGCCCAGCUUGUGAAGGCGUUCGACACGCACCAGGAAGUAGUGACCAAACGUUCGCUGGAGGUAACCAUGAACCCAGUCGCCAAACUCGGGAUCGCCCACACGACGACUGACCAGCUUACCGCGACUGAGUUUCCGACAGGACCGAACGCUCUGCGACUGUUCAUACCCAACAUUGACAUAUGUGGUGGUGAAUCUGCGGCUGCCAAGAGAACUCGUGCCAUGGGUUGUGGAGGAGGUGGAGGUGUCGGUGGAGUAGACACCCGAGAUGGUUACGAGAGUGCUCGGAGCCCGAAUUCGGACAAUCUUCGCAAACGGUCAAACGUGAACGAAAACUGACCUGAAAACUAUACCACUGUGGUCAUCUCCGUAUUUAUUUCAAUUGUAUACAAUUAUGUCAUAUUAUAAUAUUUUAUAUUUGCUAGACUAUUUUUUUUUCUUUUAUAGA